GCCCAACACUGAGCGGGAGACGACUGCGAGCGAAAAGAAGCAAAAAGAAGGAAGAAUAUUUUUUUUAGCUAGUUUAUAAAUUGGCAAAUUUUUAGUUAUAUAUACAUUAAGUGCAUAUCAUUUAGGCUUCAAACCCGCAUCCAACCAUGCAGUGGCUGGUGAUGUUGGCGCUGCUUGCCAGCAGCAGCCUCGUCAUUGUCGUCGAUUGCUUCUAUGUGCCCGGCGUGGCGCCCGUUGAGUUUGUGCGCGGUCAAAAAAUCGAUGUGAAGGCGGUGAAAAUGACCAGCAGCCGGACACAAUUGCCAUAUCAGUAUUAUUCGCUACGCUUCUGCUAUCCGAAGAAUGGCACACUCAUCUUCAAGUCGGAGAAUCUCGGUGAGGUGCUGCGCGGCGAUCGUAUUGUAAAUACGCCGUAUGAGGUCCAAAUGGCCGAGGAUGUCAAUUGCAAGCUGCUGUGCAAUAAGAAGGACUUGCCCAUGACCUGGAGCAAGGAGGACUCGGCAAUGGUUGCUGAGCGCAUACAGCACGAGUAUUUUGUGCAUCUUCUUGUCGAUAAUUUACCGGUGGCAACACGCAUUGCCAGUGUGAAUAAUCCCUCUGAGGUCACCUAUGAGCACGGGUAUCGUUUGGGCCAAGUGGAAGGCGAUAAUAUCUACAUCAACAACCAUUUGAAGUUUAUACUGUCGUAUCACAUGUACACCACGGAUAAAUACCGUGUGGUUGGCUUUGAGGUCAUCACAGGCUCCGUUAGCCACAAGGAGCUCAAGUUUGAGGGCGAAAGCUGUAAUUUCCCAGAUAACCCGCGGCCACAGCUUGUGAAUCCGUCGGGCGAGACGCAGCUAUAUUUCACCUAUUCUGUCAUGUGGAAGGAGUCCAAGGUCAGCUGGGCCUCACGCUGGGACAUCUAUCUGGGCAUGCGGGAUGUGCAGAUUCACUGGUUCAGCAUCAUCAAUUCGCUGGUUGUGGUUUUCUUCCUCUCAGGCAUACUCACCAUGAUCAUGAUACGCACCUUGAGGCGUGACAUUGCUCGCUAUAACACGGAUGACAACAUUGAGGAUACGCUGGAGGAGACUGGCUGGAAAUUGGUGCACGGCGACGUCUUUCGACCGCCCAAAAAUACGCGUCUCUUCUCUGCAAUUAUUGGCAGCGGCAUUCAAAUCUUUUUCAUGGCCAUGAUUACCAUCUUCUUUGCCAUGCUGGGCAUGCUGUCGCCCUCGUCGCGAGGCGCCCUGAUGACCUCCGGCAUCUUUAUGUAUGUGUUUGCGGGCAAUUUUGCCGGCUACUGUGCUGCGCGACUCUAUAAGACUAUGAAGGGACGCGAAUGGAAGCGUGCUGCCUUCCUCACAGCCACCCUCUAUCCGGGUAUUGUCUUUGGCACCGGCUUCAUAUUGAACUUUUUUAUCUGGGAUAAAUCGUCGAGCGGCGCUGUGCCGUUUACUACAAUGAUUUCGCUGCUGUUGCUCUGGUUUGGCAUAUCUGUGCCGCUGGUCUACCUGGGCUUCUAUUUGGGCUAUCGCAAGCAGCCGUAUCAGCAUCCGGUGCGCACCAACAUGAUUCCACGUCAGGUGCCCACCCAGCACUGGUAUAUGAAUGCUGCACUGAGCACUCUGAUGGCUGGCAUUUUGCCCUUUGGCGCCGUUUUUAUAGAGCUCUUCUUUGUCUUUACGGCCAUUUGGCAGAAUCAGUUUUAUUAUUUGUUUGGUUUUCUGUUCUUGGUCUUUUGUAUUCUGGUCGUCAGCUGUGGUCAAAUCUCAAUUGUCAUGACUUACUUUCAGCUGUGCGGCGAGGAUUAUCGCUGGUGGUGGCGCAGUUUUAUCGUCUCUGGCGGCUCGGCUGUGUAUGUGCUUUUCUAUAGCAUAUUUUACUUCUUUACCAAGCUGGAGAUUACAGAAUUUAUACCCACAUUACUUUAUUUGGGAUAUACAGGUCUGAUGGUGCUAACGUUUUGGCUGUUAACCGGUGCAAUUGGCUUCUUUGCUGCCUAUGUUUUCAUACUAAAAAUCUAUGGUGCCGUGAAAAUUGAUUAAAUCUUCGGACGUGGAAGGCACACACAACGCUGUACACCAAACUAUCCCUGCAAUAUCAUUUGACCAUAAUACUUAUUGCCUAUAUAAUAUAAAUAUUUAUAUAUGAAAGCAUAGCAUUGUAAAAGCAUCCCGGCACUUGCAACAGUCCCCGGACGCCAUGUGUAAAAUCUUGUUUAAGCAGCUGCUCUCAACUCUUAACUAGUGUGCAAUAAGUUUCCUUUUGCCUACUGCUGCGCUUCAACUAUUGACAACAAAACAAAAAAAACAAAACACACACCGACAGCCGAUUGAGAAACUUAAUUACUACAUCAAUACGAGAAUAGUAAGUCGUCCCUGUGGGGUCGCUCAAUUUGCGAGAGCGUUAGGGUACAUUCUAGAAACGCCUAAUUUAUAUAUGUAUGUAAAAACAAAAAAAAAAACAACGUAAUCUAAGCUAAAACAUAAACAAGAAAUCUAAUAAAUCUAAGCUAAGUAUAGUUGGCGACCAAGUGAUUCAAGUAAA